AUGGCCACGCCAUCCUCCCCCUUCAACUGCUUCGCCGUCGGCCCGCCCACCGACCCGAACGCGCCGCCGCCCCCUCCACCCGACCCAUCCAUGCUGCAGCUGCCCCCACCCCUCGAAGGCUGGUACGUGACCUGGGAGGAAGCCUUCGGGAAAUCCCAGGCGUUCGCCGAAUCCCACGGCUACCGGCUGGUGAAGAAGCGCUCCAGCAAGGGGGAGACGGGGGGCAACCAGAUCAAGGCGCUGUACCUGAUCUGCGACCGGGGCAUCUUCAAGCCCUCCGUCGCGAAAAUCCGCAAGCGGCCCAACCGCAAACGCAUCGGGUGUCCGUUCGAUAUGUCCAUCCUGUGGAAUUCGCGGCAGGGCCUGUACCAGGUGCGCGUGCGCAAUCCGUUGCAUAACCAUGGGCCCCGCGAGAAGACGCCGCCGCCGCGGGAGCCGUCGCCCGGGUCGAAUUUGCCGUUUUUGAGUGAGGAGUUGCCGCCGCGGUUGGGGGAGGAGAAUGAGGAGGAUGAGGGGGAGGGGAUGGGUGAGGAGAAUACGCCUUCGGCGGAGUCGGAGGCUCAGCAGCAGCAGCAGCAGCAGCAGCAGCAACAACAACAACAACAACAACAACAACAACAACAACAACAACAACAACAACAACAACAACAGCAGCAGGCGAGCAAGCCUGCGGUGAAGAGGAUCAAGAUUCGCGGGCUGCGGGAUGUAGCCGUCAAGGCGUAUUGUGAGUGGCAGGAGUCGUAUGUGCAGUCACCUCUGCUCAAGGCGGAGUUUCGCAAGGCGCGCGACGUGGCGUUGGAGAAUGGGGUGGAUCUCGAGCAGAUGCACUUGGAUCAGGAUUGGGGGUUCCUUGUCGAGAAUGGGGUCAAGAAGGGCAUUGCGAGGCGUUUCAUUGAGGAUAUCGGGGAAUGGGCUAGGUUGUUUGAGGAGCUGUCGGGGAAUUGA